AUGAUGAUCGCUGCCAACAAGCCGCCUGCGUUUGGUUUGGGGGCGAUCACUAAUUGCUUUGGCUGCUGUGGCUAUGGCCGUGGCCCGUAUCAAAAGAGGAAGUUGAAUAGCCGUACUGAUCAUCAACUUCAUCUGAUUUGUGGGUCGUGCUAUUUACCCAAAGAGAACAAGGAAAAACCACUGGGCGAAGACGCCCACUUCAUCUGCCAUGAUGCCCAGACCAUCGGAGUGGCUGGCGGCGUAGGCGGCUGGGCCAGGAAAGGCGUCGACGCUGGCGAGUACGCGAGGGGACUCAUGAACCACGCCAAGAAAACAGCCACGGACAUAACCCGAUCCUCCGCCGCCGCCGUGGAUCCAAGAAAGGUGUUGAACGAAGCCUACGCGAACAAUGCCGGAGUACAAGGGUCGUCGACGGCUUGCAUCCUUAGCCUCGACAAGGAGCGUGGGACCCUACACGCCGUGAAUGUCGGGGACAGCGGGUUCAUGGUGUUCAGGGACAACAUGUGUUUCUUCAAAUCAUCAACUCAGCAGCGGAAGUUUAACUGUCCGUAUCAGUUGGGUAACUGCAUGGGCGGCGACUGUCCCGAGGCGGCGGAGGAGUUUGAGGUUGAGGAAUUGAGGCCGGGGGACAUAAUAGUACUUGGGACAGAUGGGUUGCUGGACAACAUUUUCGCGAGCGAGAUUGAAGCGGUUAUUGUGGCGUAUGAAGUUAGCGGUCAGGAUUGUGAGGAGUUGGCUUCGUACAUAGCCAACCUAGCGCUGUAUAACUCGUUGGACAAGUACAACGUUAGCCCCUUUCAAAUGGAGGCACAGAAGGCCGGACGAGAGCACGUGGGAGGCAAGAUUGACGACAUCACUGUUGUCAUCGCACGUGUGUUGGCAUCUACUACCUAA